GUGUCAUUUGAACGUCGGCUCUUUAACCUGAUAUCGGUUGGCUCUAAAAUUCUACUGCGUGCGUAAAGUUGAUAUAUAUAUUCAAAAUGGAAUCCGAAAUUAGGAAAUUUUAUAAAAAUAAAACGAUUUUCUUAACCGGUGGCAGUGGAUUCCUGGGCAAAGUGAUUAUUGAGAAGCUGCUGCGUGCAACAGAUGUGAAGCGCAUCUAUUUACUGAUCAGAUCCAAACGGGGCAAGGACACAGAGGACCGCUUUGCCCAAUGGAAAACCAGUUCCCUCUUUGAUGUCCUGCUCAAAUCCAAGCCGAACAUAUUCGAUCGCGUGGUGAUUAUAACAGGUGAUUGCAAGGAGCCGGAUCUGGGCAUCAGCCCAACGGACCGCGCCCUGCUGACGCAGGAGGUGGAGCUGGUCGUGCACAGCGCGGCAACGGUGAACUUUGCCGAGCCGCUGCACGUGGCAUUGGAUAUAAACGCGCGUGCCACUCGCCAUAUGCUGCAGCUGGCCAAGGAUAUGCAGCGCCUGGUGGCAUUUGUGCACGUCUCCACGGCCUUUUCCAACUGCGUGAUCCAUCACAUCAAGGAACGCUUCUAUCCGGAGCACUUAAGCUGCAGAGUGAACAAGGUAUUGGAGCUGAGAGAGCUACUGAACACGGAUCUGUUGGAUCAGAUGGCUCCAGCACUGCUGGACAGGUUUCCCAAUACGUACACCUACACGAAGGCCUUGGCCGAGCAGCUGGUCCAGACGGAGGCGGGUGAUUUGCCCGUGUGCAUCUUUCGUCCGGGUUCCAUUGUGGCGACCAGCAAGGAGCCCGUUCCCGGUUGGAUAGACAACUUCUACGGGCCCAUUGCGGUGAUCUACGGCGCCGCACUUGGCGUCUUGCGUGUCGUCCCCCUCAAUCGGCAGGCUAUAUCCAACAUUGUGCCCGUGGACGGGUGUGCCAAUCUGGUUUUGGCCUGCGCCUGGCGUACGGCCAUGGAGGCCACGCAACGCAAACAGCAGGUUAUCCCAGCGCCUGUGACCAUCUACAACUAUGUGCCCAGCAGCGAGAAUAUAAUCUACUAUUCGGAUUUCACUGGCGCCGUGGAAGAGAAACGGGAUGUUUUUCCCAUGGCCCAGGCGAUAUGGUAUCCGUUUCUGCACACCACCAGGAUGCCCUGGCUCUUCAAAUUGGCCACCAUCUUCUAUCAUCUGCUGCCCGGCUACUUGGUUGAUCUGCUGUUGCGCCUGCGCGGCCAGAAGCCGCGCCUGAUUCCCAUCUACAAGAAGAUACACAAAAGUCUCGAUGUGCUGCAAAAGUUCAUGAUCGAGAGCUGGAGCUUCGAGACGCCCAACACGGAUCGCCUGUGGCAGAGCAUGUCUGCAGCGGAUCAGCAGCUGUUCGACUUCGAUAUGAAAUCCUUGGACUGGCAGGGCUAUUUCGAUCGCGCCUUGUUCGGCAUGCGCACCUACCUGGGCAAGGAGGACCCAAGCGAAGAGUCCAUCAGGCUCGGUCUUCAGAAGGCAAAUCGCUUUCUUAUAAUGCAUCGACUCUUGCUAUUCGGCCUUUUCUGCCUUGGCAUUGCUAUCCUGAGAUGGCUGCUCUGCCUGUUCCUAUAACUAUAGCAAGCCAGGAAGACUCAAUGCAUAUUUUAGAAUCUUAAGUAGAUUAGUAACAUUAGGUUUCAGCGUUCUGCUAAGAACCUGGAACUUGAUAUUAAUACCAAUAGAAAUAAUGUUGCAAAUGGAAGUGGUUCUUUUCCUCGAGCGUUCCUGACCCAUUCAAAGGCCUUCUUGUUCCUGUUGUGGCCCAGUCAACAAACUAAGUUAAUGCUGAAUAAAAAACUCAUUACUGAUUUUGUAAAAUGCAAUUUUUUAUGGUUAUCUAUUAUAAAGAACCUUUCUCGAAAUAUGGUUAAUAAGCGGAAAGGUUUUAAAGUCUCUGUGAAAAUGUAACUUUUAUUCAAUAUUCAAUACUUUUCGCGCA